AUGGUAGGUGGGGAUGAGGAUGGAUUUUCUAUUGAAAUGUACCACAAUGGUGAACUAAGAGGUAACUAUUAUGUGAAUGGGUCUGUUGAUUGGUUUGAUUAUUGUGAUAAGAAUACAAUGUCAAUGACUGAGAUAGAUGGCAUGGUAAAGGAGUUAGGGUACAAAGAUAUCAUUAACUACUGGUACAGUAUUCCAGGUGGUUAUUUUGAUGGUGGCCUAGUUAAGCUGAGUGAGGAUGCAUAUGUCUUAGACAUGCUACUAUUUGUGCCAGACACUAGGUUGAUAAAUAUAUUCUUAGAACAUGUGUUGGCAUGCAGUCAUGAGCAAUUUUACAGUCAAGUGGCUUCAAACAUAUUUAUAAAUUUUGAUGAUGAUUUUGGGACCAACAUUGGGGUAGUGAUUAAAGAGCUUGUUGACAAUUAUGGUGCCAUUGUUCCAAUUGGGAGGGGAGUAUCCCAAGUGGGAGAGGUGGACAAGACAAAGAGUUGA